AUGAAGGCCUUCAGUACCUUUGUGGAAAAGGAGAUGCUAACAGAGUCCACUCCACUACGUUGCAGGAAGCUCAGCAACCCUGACAUCUUUUCAUCUGCUGGGAAAACCAAGCUCCAUCGUCAGCUAAGUCAAGAUGACUGCAAGCUACGAAGAGGUAGUUUGGCAAGUUCUUUGUCAGGAAAACAGCUACUUCCUUUAUCAAACAGUGUCCACAGUGGAGUGGGACAGACAAUAUGGCAGCCACCUGGAGAUACCUCAAACCUGGUCCGCAUGAGAAAUCAGUCCCUAGGACAGUCUGCUCCUUCACUUACUGCUGGUUUG